CCGAGCCGCCACCGCCACCGAGCCGCGGGCGCCGCGAUGCAGAGGCCUGGGGAGCCCGGCGUCGCGCGCUUCGGACUGCCCGAGGGUUGCGCCGACCACCCACCGCAUCGCUACCGCAGCUUCAUGAUCGAGGAGAUCCUCACCGAGCCGCCGGGGCCCAAGGGCGCCGCGCCCGCCGCCGCCGCCGCCGCCGCCGCGGGCGAGCUGCUCAAGUUCGGCGUUCAGGCGCUGCUGGCUGCGCGGCCCUUCCACAGCCACCUGGCCGUGUUGAAGGCGGAGCAGGCGGCUGUGUUUAAGUUCCCGCUGGCGCCGCUGGGCUGCUCCGGGCUAGGCUCCGCGUUACUGGCCGCAGGGCCUGGACUGUCCGGCGCCCCUGGCGCGCCGCACCUGCCUCUUGAGCUGCAGCUCCGCGGAAAGUUGGAGACGCCGGGCAGCGGGGAGCCGGGCGCCAAGGCCAAGAAGGGGCGUCGGAGCCGCACGGUGUUCACUGAGCUGCAGCUGAUGGGCCUAGAGAAACGCUUUGAGAAACAGAAGUACCUCUCCACCCCGGACAGAAUAGAUCUCGCUGAAUCCCUGGGCCUGAGCCAGUUGCAGGUGAAGACGUGGUACCAGAAUCGGAGGAUGAAAUGGAAGAAAAUAGUGCUGCAGGGCGGCGGCCUGGAGUCUCCCACCAAGCCCAAGGGGCGGCCCAAGAAGAACUCCAUUCCCACGAGCGAGCAGCUCACGGAGCAGGAGCGCGCCAAGGAGGCAGAGAAGCCGGCAGAGGCACCAGGCGAAACCAUCGACAGGAGCCGCGAGGACUGAGCGCGCAAAGCGUCGACCGAGGCUCCUUCCGCCCGCUGGAAGCCGCGAGCCGGCCCUUCUGCGGCCACGCCGUUUACUUUAUAAACGUUUUAUUAUUACCUUGAAGGCGGACAGUUAGGGGCCAAGCAAGAAAGGACACAGACCCUGCAGCCAAGCCCGGCCCCAGCGUGCUCCCAGCCCUGGCCUGGAGACUCGUGUCCCGCGCAGCGGACGAACACCUGGUUCCAGAGCUCCGCGCGCAUUCACGCCCCGCUCCUCUCCCGCACCCCCACCCGCCUCCGCCGGCCCUCUGCGUCCUGACGCGGCCGGCACACACUAGCUUCCGCCCGUCGGGGACCCCAC